CUCUAACAAUUCAAGCACGGUGCAUAAACAUAUACAUCGAAAACAACCUCUAAAACUUUUGCUCAAAAGCUCCAUUUUACCAAAUCAAAAUCACAACAUAUAAUCACCAAAACUAGUAAAGUACUAGUAGUACACUAUGCUCAAUAAUAAUAGUAAUAAUAUUGAAGCUCAAAAAACAAUGGAGCUUCCUUUGAAGAUUAGAGAUGAUGGAGUGUACUUAACAUGGGAUCAUUUGUGGGCGACGGUGUCACAUAAAGAAGACACUAAAAAAAAUAUACUUGAAGAGGUAAGUGGUUAUGCUUGCCCUGGUCAGGUGUUAGCUAUCAUGGGUCCUUCAGGUUGUGGCAAGUCCACCCUCCUCGACGCCUUAGCAGGGAGACUGGAUAUGAACACCAAACAAAGUGGACAAAUACUUGUCAAUGGUCACAAACAAGCUCUUGCUUAUGGCACAUUGGCUUACGUGACACAAGACGAUGCAUUGGUAACAACCUUGACAUUGCAAGAAACUGUAUACUACUCAAGCGAGCUCCAGUUACCGGCAUCAAUGUCGAAAGCCGAGAAGAGAAAGAGGGCAGAUGAUUGCAUUAAGGAGAUGGGUUUACAAAAAGCAAUUAACACAAGAAUUGGAGGGUGGGGGAGUAAAGGGUUAAGUAGUGGAGAAAGGAGGAGACUUAGUAUUUGCAUAGAGAUAUUAACUCAUCCUAAGCUUCUUUUCCUUGAUGAGCCAACAAGUGGUCUUGAUAGUGCAGCAUCAUUCUAUGUUAUGAGUAGAAUUGUAGGGAAUGAAAGGAGAAAAGGAAGGACAAUUAUUGCAUCUAUACACCAGCCUAGCAGUCAAGUCUUUCGCCUGUUUGAUAAUCUCUGUCUUUUAUCUGCUGGUAAAACAGUCUAUUUUGGUCCUGCUAGAGAAGCAAAUGAGUUUUUUGCAGCACAAGGUUACCCAUGCCCAACUCUUCAAAACCCAGCAGAUCACUUCCUCGAGUUGAUAAACAAAGACUUUGAUGACUACGAUGUCGAUGAGGAUAUUGAGGAAGGCUGCUUACUCGACAGAAAAUCAACGGAGGAAAACGUCAACAUUUUGUUGAAUUCUUACAAAUCAUCUGAGAAUUUUCAACGAGUGAGAGGAAUCAUUGCCAAAAUAAGUAAUCAGAAUGGUGAAAGAUUAGAGACAAACAAAAGACAUGCUAGUUUUUCUACCCAAUGUCAAGUUCUUACAAGAAGAUCCUUUGUAAAUAUGUACCGUGAUUUAGGUUAUUAUUGGGCGCGAUUCUUGGUGUACCUCAUUUUGGCAUUUGGUUUAGGCACCAUCUUCUAUGAUCUUGGAUCAACUUAUAACUCAAUUCAGGCUAAAGGUUGGUUGCUUAUGUUCGUGUCUUCUUUUUUAACUUUCAUGAGCAUUGGAGGAUUUCCUUCCUUUGUUGAAGAUAUGAAGGUGUUCAAACGAGAAAGACUAAACGGGCAUUAUGGGACAACUUCCUUUGUUGUGGCCAACACUCUAUCUUCAAUGCCAUAUUUGCUUCUAGUCUCACUCAUUCCUGGUGCAAUCACAUACUAUUUACCUGGACUUAAGAGAGAUUACCCAGAUUUCCUAUACUUUGCAAUGGUUCUUUUUUCAUGCAUGUUAUUGGUUGAGAGCCUAAUGAUGAUUGUUGCAAGUAUAGUGCCCAACUUUCUUAUGGGCAUAAUAGUUGGUGCAGGAGUUCAAGGUUUAAUGAUUUUAGGUGCUGGAUUUUUCAGAUUACCAAAUGAUUUACCUAAACCAUUUUGGAAAUACCCACUUUACUACAUUUCCUUUACUAAGUAUGCAUAUCAAGGGUUAUUUAAGAAUGAAUUUCAAGGAUUAGAAAUCCCAAAUAAUCAAGGAACAAGUCCACCAAGUAUGAUAUCUGGUGAUGUUAUCCUCAAAGAUAUAUGGCAAGUGGAAACUAGCUAUUCUAAGUGGGUUAAUCUUGCUAUAUUGCUUGGAAUGGUGGUUUUGUAUCGUCUAUUGUUCUUAAUCAUCAUUAAGCUUUCGGAAACGCUUAAACCUGCUAUUAAAGCCCUUGUAAUGAGAUCGUCGAGGCAAAUCAUGCAAGUUGAUUCUUCUAGUUAAGACAUAGAAGUGUUCAAGCCUUCUUGGUAUCUUAAAAUAGGCUAGUCAAGAAGGAGGUGAUCCCAUCAUGUUACUUACCUUCUCAGAACAGCAGACUCUUGGAAAAUUUGGAAAUGUUGGCUGAAUUCGAAGCAUGUUGGUACUUAUUCCAUCGAUUUAGGAUAGUGUAUCGUUGCUUCUUAACUUUUUAAACCUAUGCAAAUUGUGCGUUAAUUCAACGAUUGUUUAGGUAAUUGUUUUGUUAUUGUACUACAAGUCAAGUGAACUGGAAACGUGUUUAUUAAUAUAUCAAUCUAAUUUAUUGAUUUGGAAAUGUGAAA